UUUGAUCCAGUUUUUGUGGUUACAUAACAUCACAGAAGGUAUAAAGGUUUUACUUUAAAGUGUAGAGAUACAGACACGAUGAAGUUUGUGGUUUUCGCUCUCCUUGUUGCUGGUGCCUACGGGUGUGGCCUGCCCACCUUCCCCCCUGUGGUGACCAGGGUGGUUGGAGGAGAAGAUGUCAGGCCUAACAGCUGGCCCUGGCAGAUUUCUCUGCAGUACAACAGACAGGGAGAAUGGAGACACACCUGUGGAGGUACUCUGAUCUCUAGCCAGUGGGUUCUUACCGCAGCUCACUGUAUCAGCAAUGGCAGGGAGUACAGAGUGGCCAUGGGAAAGCACAACCUGGUCCAGACAGAGGAGAGUGCUGUGUUCAUGGGCACCGCUAACAUCAUUGUGCAUGAGAAGUGGAACCCCUUUUUCAUUCGUAAUGACAUUGCCCUGAUUAAGCUGGAGUCUCCUGUCACCUUCUCUGAUGCCAUCAUGGCUGCUUGUAUGCCUGAUGCUGGCGUCGUCCUUCCCCAUAACGAGCCCUGCUACGUCACUGGAUGGGGUCGCACCUACACCGGAGGUCCCAUUGCUGACAUCCUGCAGCAGGCUCUUCUGCCAGUGGUGGACCACGCCACCUGCACCAAGCCUGACUGGUGGGGUUUUCAGGUGAAGGACACCAUGGUCUGUGCAGGUGGAGAUGGAGUUGUGUCGGGCUGCAACGGCGACUCUGGUGGACCUUUGAACUGUCAGAACACUAGUGGUGCCUGGGAGGUUCAUGGCAUUGUCAGCUUUGGCUCCGGGCUCAGCUGCAACCUCGCCAAGAAGCCCACUGUCUUCACCAAAGUCAGCUCCUACAUCGACUGGAUCAACUCUAAAAUGGUGGCCUACUGAGAGGACAGACUUUCGGGGAUCAUAUAAAAUAAAUAAAAUGUGGAACUAUAAAUGAAAUAAGAUGUUUGUGUCAUUUCA